AUGCUGGAGGACUGUCUGGAUGAAGCAGACUGGGACAUGUUCCGGCACAGCACUGAUGAUGUUUGCAAGUUUAUGGAGGCAGUAGUGGGGUUUAUUGGGAAACUGGUGGACGAUAUGAUUUCAAGAGCCACCGUCAAGAAAUUUCCCAACCAGAAGCCCUGGGCCACAUUGCCUUAUACCUCAACACAGGCCAUGCUACCUUAUAACUCAACACAGGCCACAUUGCCUUAUACCUCAACACAGGCCAUGCUACCUUAUAACUCAACACAGGCCACAUUGCCUUAUACCUCAACACAGGCCAUGCUACCUUAUAACUCAACACAGGCCACAUUGCCUUAUACCUCAACACAGGCCAUGCUACCUUAUAACUCAACACAGGCCACAUUGCCUUAUACCUCAACACAGGCCAUGCUACCUUAUAACUCAACACAGGCCACAUUGCCUUAUACCUCAACACAGGCCACACUGCCUUAUACCUCAACACAGGCCACAUUGCCUUAUACCUCAACACAGGCCAUGCUACCUUAUAACUCAACACAGGCCACAUUGCCUUAUACCUCAACACAGGCCAUGCUACCUUAUAACUCAACACAGGCCACAUUGCCUUAUACCUCAACACAGGCCAUGCUACCUUAUAACUCAACACAGGCCACAUUGCCUUAUACCUCAACACAGGCCAUGCUACCUUAUAACUCAACACAGGCCACAUUGCCUUAUACCUCAACACAGGCCAUGCUACCUUAUAACUCAACACAGGCCACAUUGCCUUAUACCUCAACAAAGGCCAUGCUACCUUAUAACUCAACACAGGCCACAUUGCCUUAUACCUCAACAAAGGCCAUGCUACCUUAUAACUCAACACAGGCCACAUUGCCUUAUACCUCAACACAGGCCAUGCUACCUUAUAACUCAACACAGGCCACAUUGCCUUAUACCUCAACACAGGCCAUGCUACCUUAUAACUCAACACAGGCCACAUUGCCUUAUACCUCAACAAAGGCCAUGCUACCUUAUAACUCAACACAGGCCACAUUGCCUUAUACCUCAACACAGGCCAUGCUACCUUAUAACUCAACACAGGCCACAUUGCCUUAUACCUCAACACAGGCCAUGCUACCUUAUAACUCAACACAGGCCACAUUGCCUUAUACCUCAACACAGGCCAUGCUACCUUAUAACUCAACACAGGCCACAUUGCCUUAUACCUCAACACAGGCCAUGCUACCUUAUAACUCAACACAGGCCACAUUGCCUUAUACCUCAACACAGGCCAUGCUACCUUAUAACUCAACACAGGCCACAUUGCCUUAUACCUCAACACAGGCCAUGCUACCUUAUAACUCAACACAGGCCACAUUGCCUUAUACCUCAACACAGGCCAUGCUACCUUAUAACUCAACACAGGCCACACUGCCUUAG